AUGACUGAAGCUCAAGAUAUUAAUAUUAAACUAUUCUCAUUUGGCCAUUCUUUUGGUGUUCCAAAAACAGUUGAUUUAUUAUAUUCUGUACGUCAUUUUCCAGUUCCUAAUGUAGAUAAUUAUCAACAAUAUGAUGGACGACAUAAACGAAUACAAAAUGAAUUGUUAAAUUUAGUACAAUAUGAAGAUAUAAUUAAAACAAUCAUUGAACAAUUGAUGAAUUUUAUUCAUGAACAUAAAAAAAAUUCUAUAACAUUGGCAAUUGGAUGUGAACAAGGACGACAUCGAUCGGUAGCUAUAAUCGAACGACUUGCUGAUUUAUUGGGAACUACUUAUAAUGUAUUAUUGGAUGGUGAAGAUAUUCGAAAAUUAAAUAUUGAAUGGCUUCGUUCACAGAUUGGAUAUGUUGGACAAGAACCUGUUUUAUUUUCUGGUACAAUUCAAGAUAAUAUUCGGUUGGGUAAACCUGAUGCAACAGAAAUAGAAAUCGAUGAAGCUGCUAAAAUGGCCAAUGCUCAUGAAUUUAUUCUUGAUUUACCUGAAAAAUAUAAAACAUCAGCAAAAGGAAUGUUAAGUGGUGGACAAAAACAACGAAUUGCUAUUGCUCGUGCAAUUAUUUCGAAUCCAAAAAUUUUACUUUUAGAUGAAGCAACUUCAGCAUUAGAUACUAGAAGUGAAAAAAUUGUACAAAAUGCAUUAAAUAAAGCCAGUAUAGGUCGAACAACAAUUAUUAUUGCACAUCGAUUAACAACUAUUCAAGAUGCCGAUCUUAUUCUUGUUUUUGAUAAAGGAUCUAUUGUUGAACAAGGUACACAUAGAGAAUUAUUACAAAUUGAAAAUGGAAUUUAUCGUUCAUUGGUUGCUCAUUCGGAUCAAGACGAAGAAGAUGUAGAAGAUGUAGAAGAUGAACAUGAAAAUGUUCUAGGACCAAAACUAUCACGUAAUUCUUCAAUAAAACUAUUAGGGCAAAUGUCUUCGCUUGAGGCUGAAGAAACAUCAUCAAAUGAGAAAGAAGAAAAUAUAAAACAUUCUUGUUGUCAUAGUCCAUUCUUUAUUAAAUUACUUAAAUUAAAUUCACCUGAAAAAUUUUAUCUAUUUAUUGGUUGUAUAUGUUCUCUUAUUUUUGGUGGUGUUGAACCAGCAGUUGGUUUAGUCUAUUCAAUCAUUUAUGGUCUUUUAGCCAAUCCAAAUCUUGAUGAACAAUCAAUACGUACGCGAAAUCUAUCUUUAAUUAUUUUUGGUAUUUAUGUAUUUGGUGGUAUUGUACAAUUUCUUAGUACAAUUACAUUUACUAAAUCAGGUGAAGCAUUAACAUUACGUAUGCGUUUGCGCACAUUUGAAGCAAUGUUAAGACAAGAAAUGGGUUGGUUUGAUGAAGAAAAAAAUAGUGUUGGAUCAUUAGUUACUCGAUUGUCAAGUGAUACAGCUGCUCUUAAAGGUUUGACAGGUGUUCGAUUGAAUGCAUUUGUUUCAUCAUUGGGUACAACAAUAUUUGCACUUAUUGUUGCAUUUAUGGCUGGUUGGAAAUUAACAUUAGUUGUUCUAUGUUUCACUCCAUUACUGAUUUUUUCUGGUUAUUUACAAGGACAAACACAAUCAAAAGCAGGUCAAUCAAAAACAGCAAAAUCAUUUGCUGAAGAAGGUGGAAGAUAUGCAGUUGAAGCUAUUCAAGAUAUUCGUACAGUAGCAACGUUAAAUCAAGAAAAAUUUUUUAUUAAAAAAUAUGAAGAAGCAUUCUAUCAAGAUUUUAAAAAACGUAUGUGUAAAAUUCCAAUUCAAGCAUUAGGCAAAGCAAUAGCAAAUUCAUUUUUAUAUUUUAUACAUGUUACAGCAUUUAGUUAUGGUGCAAGUUUAGUUGAAAGUGGUCAAAUGGGUUUUGCAGAAGUUUUUCGUGUAUUUAUUGUUAUUAAUUUUGCUUCAAUGUCUGUUGGUCGAAGUACAUCCGUAAUGCCUGAUUACAAUAUAGCUAAAGCAGCAGCACAACGUAUACUUGCAUUACAUAAUAGACAAUCUACAGUUGAUCCAUAUAAUGAAAAUGGUUUAAAAUUAGAUGAUUUUCAAGGAAAUAUCGAAUUUCAUAAUAUUGGAUUUUCAUAUCCAACACGAAAAAAUCGACGUGUCUUACGUAAUUUUAAUCUUAAAUGUUUACAAGGACAAACGACAGCAUUAAUUGGUUCUUCAGGCUGCGGAAAAAGUACAACUAUUUCUCUUCUACUUCGUUUUUAUGAUUCAAUUAAUGGUAAAAUUUUUUUGGAUAAUCAUGAUAUAAAAGCAUUAAAUAUAAAUUGGCUUCGUUCAAUAAUUGGUUUUGUUCAACAAGAACCAAUUUUAUUUGAUCGUACUAUAGCUGAAAAUAUUGCAUAUGGAAUUCAAGAUCGACAAGUAUCAUUAGAAGAAAUACAAGAAGCAGCUACACAAGCUAAUAUUCAUCAAGAAAUUAUUCAAUUUCCUCAAGGUUAUGAAACUAAUUGUGGUAAUGUUGGAAAUAGUCAACUUAGUGGUGGUCAAAAACAACGAAUAGCCAUAGCUCGAGCAUUAUUACGGAAACCUAAAAUACUUUUACUUGAUGAAGCUACAUCUGCACUUGACUAUAGAUCCGAAGGAAUUGUACAAGAAGCUAUUGAUAAUGUACGAAAAGGUCGAACAUGUUUGACUAUUGCUCAUCGAUUAACAACUAUACAAAAUAGUGAAAAGAUUGUAGUAGUUGACCGUGGUCGUAUACGUGAAGAAGGUCAACAUGAAGACUUAUUGCGACAAAAAGGUUUAUAUUACAAACUUCAACGAGCAACAGAACAACGACAUCAUGAAACAUGA